AGUCUUCAAUAUACUCAUAUCCAAUCAUACCAUCUCCAGAUACUCUCAUAUUCUUCUCCAGCGCCCCGUCCAUGGCGUCGUCCAUCCUCUCAGUCGCCAAGUCUUUUCUCCACCCCUCUCACCCUCAGGCCCAUCCUCUCCCUUCCCUUCGCGCUAGCCCUACCUCUCACUGGAGGCUCCCUUCCUCGCGAAAGACCGCUCUUAGGUUCACCGCCCAGAAAUGGGAGCCCUCCAAGGUCGUUCCGCAAGCUGAUAGAGUCCUCAUCCGCCUGGAGGAGCUACCCGAGAAAUCCGCAGGUGGAGUAUUGCUGCCAAAAUCAGCUGUUAAAUUUGAACGGUAUCUAAUGGGUGAGAUUUUGUCAGUGGGUGCUGAUGUUGCCCAAGUGGAAACUGGAAAAAAGGUCCUUUUCUCGGAUAUCAGUGCAUAUGAGGUGGAUCUAGGGACAGAUGCCAAGCAUUGCUUCUGUCGUGCAGGUGAUCUUCUAGCUGUGGUUGAAUAGAUUUUUAGCAAAUUUCUUAUAGGUAGUUCUGCCUAGCAGCAGAAUGAGGCAUAUUUCUUCUUUUUGGGUUACUUGUCAUUGAGGAAUGUGUGGUUCAUUAUGGAUGUUCUUAGUUAUGAAAUUCACUGGCAAGUUUUGGCAGUCCAAUUUGAUUCCGCUGCAUUGUCACUUGCAGCUGUUUCUAAUCAACUGUUAAAUGCUACAGCACAAAUUAUUUGUCAACGAGCAUAAGAAUGUUUGGAAA